AAUUCAGCCCAUGCAACGCUUGCAUGUAAAGCCUGCUCUGGUGGACAGGCACCGUUGCUGAGCUGAGAGGGACUCCCAGUACCAUGGUUCCAGGCCAUCACAUGAUGCCCUCUUUUGGGCUGUCUAGACUAAAUUGUGGCUGUGAGCGGGCAAUGCUGAUGCCUGAAUUUUCAGCCCACGAGAGAGAGAUGCCCGUCCCUGGUGAAUUGCUCAAUAUGCAGGAUGAAAAAGAUGCCAAGUUCCUGUGCUCAUUCCUUCCGGCACAGCAAGGAGGGGGGAAAAGCAAGCUGCUCUCAGGCAAGAGCCCUUUUCAUUUUCUCCAGACUCCUCUCCUCUUCUCUGUGACUGACAUGGAGAAGCUCAUGCACCCCAUCUUCUUGGUCUUCUUGUCAGCAUCCUGUGCUGCAGAGAACGUCACUGUGGUGUAUGGAAUAGAGGGGGGCACCAUUUCUGUCAACUGCACCUAUAACCCCCGGCAGCAGCGGUGGAGAGAAAAGAGCUGGUGCAAGCAGAUCGAUGAGACCAAGUGCCAACAUGUGGUGAGCGCCAGGCGCUUCUGGCUGACGUUCCUAAAGAACAGGAAUGGCAGCACCUCCAUCAGUGACAAUGUCCGUGAAGGGGUCCUGACAGUGACCAUGAAGCGACUCAAGAAGCAGGAUGCUGGGUUGUACCAGUGUAAAACUGACUACCUGGGUGAAACAAACACCUUAAGGAAAGUGCAAGUGGAAGUGCUGACAGCUGUCCUGGAGACCCAAAUGCCAGAGGAGCCUAGUGCUGUGCAGAGCAUCUCCAGCAUCCCUCCUGAAGCUGAUUUCACUGUCUUCUAUAUCAUUGCUGGAUUCCUGGUUACUAAAUUCAUGGUGGCUGUGCUGAUCUUUGUCAUUGGCAUCAGCAGGAAGAACAGAGAAACAGAGGAGAAGAACCCAAAUGAGCAUCAGGUCCUCCCUUUCGCUGGUGACCUUGCACAUGAUGGAAUCAGCCCUUCCUGGGAAAGCACUGCUUAGAGCUAAACCAAAGGGAAUCCACAGGGAAAUGAACAUCAAGCAUUUGCAGGCAAAGCUUUGCCACCUGCCAUAAGAAAAGGAUCGCCUACUAAACACAGGUGUCAAUGAACCUAUCGCUCUAGAGAGGGAAUGUCACCAUCUACCACCUCUUCUCAUUGGCGCUGACCAACUUUUUCCAACACAACUGAACUGAAAAGACGCUACCAGUAACACCUGAACCGAAUGGAAGUGGAUGGGAUCGAGGGCUGGGGGGGAAAGGCAGAAUACAAAGUCUUUCUGUCAGGAGAUCCAGCACAAACUCAUGUAUGUGCAGAGUUGCUUUCCCAGGAUGGUAAAGGUGAGAGAGCCCUGCUCAGUUUCCCCCCAGCUCAUUGCUAGGCCACAAAAAGACUUUGCCAUUCUAUACAGCUGCUGGCAUAUUAUUUGUUUUAAAUAAAACUACAGAUAAACCAGUGAACAUAAAUAGAAGUUCAGGUAACACAUCUCAAUGACCAUAUGUUGAGCAACUCACAGACACAUCCACAAAAUGGAAAGACAUGGUUCUGUCUCAAAUCUCCAAGAAGUUUCUCCUGAUUCACUGAAGAUCAGUGUUAAAAAACUUUUUUCAAGGUGUCCCACAUGUCUCUACAAAAUGCUCAAAUGCUUCCCCGAAAGCAGGAAAUAUAGCCAGAACUAGAUGGUUUGUAUGGAAAGCUAAUAUUAUUAUUCCUCUAGAAAUCAGCUUUUUAUCUGAGAUUCCACUCUCUAAAGACUGGAGUUUUGACACACUUUUGGCAAUGCAAUGCUCUGCUAUCAUCCCCAGUCACUGCCAGCAGCUGCACCACACCACCCGACAGAGUUAUUCCAGAUACGCAUCCCCAUUAUCAUUCCACUAGGGUCUGAACUGAGACCCAUCAACUUCAUGUCAUCUCAGAGCAGUGCCAGGUGAGAGAUUCUGUCUUUCCAUGGUGAUGAAGACCAGCUCCCAAAAACUGCCUUGGACAGUGUGGAUUCUUGGUGAACAGUCACUGGGGAAAGGCAUAAAGAACUGCAGAACAAACCAGAAGGGAGUGUGAAGUCCACAUGCAGCUCUGAACCUGCUUCCUCAUUUCUCAAACGAUUUUGCAAACAAAGAAUGAACUGUCUCUCUGUGCUCCUCCCUGUAUUUUUUCUGCCCUCUCAAGGGGAUGUUACAAACAUGUGACUGUUGUUCAUCACUCCCCAAAGUGAAGCUGCAUUUAGCUCUCCCAGGAAGACCCCAAAUGUAAGGGCAUUCACACUUCUUUUCCCUGCACUGCCUGCAAAGCUAAAUAAAAUCAAACUGAUUAUCUGA